AUGGAUACGCUCGCAAUUCAGUCGCACGAGCGGCAAGAACAGCAGCUUCUGCAGCUGCUGCGUGAAGAUUGGCCGUCGUCGUCGGAAAGCGAAGACCUGUUCGAGGAGUGUGCGGCGGAUCUGAACGCGAACAUAUCCAAGAACCCGCACUGCUUUCUGGAACUAAAGGCCAAAGGGAAGCCGUUGGGCCGACUCGAGAUCGAACUGCGUGCCGACGUGGUGCCCAGGACGGCCGAGAACUUCCGGCUCCUCUGCACUGGAGAGCGCGGUUUCGGCUACAGGGGAAGUCCGUUCCACCGGAUCGUCAAGGACUUCAUCUGCCAGGGCGGUGCGUUCGAAACGUCCGCGGGCAAAAAGUUCGGACGAUCGGCGUACGAGCAGCGGUUCUUCGAAGACGAGAACUUCACGCUGAAACAUACCGGGCCUGGCCUCCUUUCCAUGGCCAAUAUGGGGCCAAACAGGAACGGCUCGCAGUUUUUCAUCAUGCUCACCAAGGCUGCGUUCAUGGACGGCAGGCACGUGGUAUUUGGCAAGAUUACCAAAGGCAUGGACGUGCUCAAAACAAUGGCCUCUUACGGAACAAUCAGCGGCAAGCCAACGGCCGAGGUGGUCAUCGACAAGUGCGGAGUCCUCUGA